ACAAAAACAAACGACUAUAAAAUCUCAAGUGCUAUUAUGUAAAUCAGAAAACCCCUCACUGUGACAUAAUCUAGCGAGGACCCUCAGUGAAGAGAGAACAUGUUUUGUGUUCUUUGUGGGCGGGGUUACGAGGGUCCUGGCAUGGGAAAUUCUACCAAACCUGGCAACAGUCUGUAGGCUUUUUAGCUUUUUGCAGCCCCAAAGUCGGUUACAGACAACAGAAACAGCAGGACGGGGAUGCUUGCAUGAUUUCUAAAGGUGGUGUACCUCGUUGUUGGCGUUGUUGAGAAGGUAACCAGCUAGCUCAGCCAAAAGACAAUCCAAUUUAGUUUCCGUCUGUGAUGGAAAAGAAGCUCCAACGCUGUUGACGUCUGUGAUGGACAUUUAAAGAAUCUGGACAACCCGAGUUUCGCUGUUCUUUGUUUGCAACAAGUUCAUCAUGUCUAUGACCUUCGAGGCGUCCAGCUGUGUGACCCUGCUGUUUGACUUCUGGGAUGUUCACGGACCUGCAGGGAUGGUUCUCUCCGUGGCGGUCGUCCUCCUGCUGACGGUGUUCUUCGAGCUGCUCAAGGUGUCCAGGGUGUGGCUGGGGCACCGUCACCAGCCCGCCCCCCCGGCCUUCACACCUCCCUUCCCCAACCCCUUGUUCCCCAACGCAGAGUGCCACGACAGCAAUGCCGCGCUGGCCCCCGGACCCUCUGGGUCCUCACUCUCUUCCAGCCCCUCCGAGUCCAGGCUGGUGCCCGCGGAGCCCCUCCCUCCUAGCGUCAUGAACAGCUGGGUCCACCACGGCGUCCAGGCGCUGCUCCACGUCCUGCAGGUGGUGCUGGCGUACAUGCUGAUGCUGUGCGUCAUGUCCUACAACACCUGGAUCUUCCUGGGGGUCAUCGCGGGGUCAACCCUGGGGUACUUCCUCGCGUUCCCUCUCCUGGGUGAGAUGUGAGGGAGGAGACCCGAGAGAGAGAGAGACGUACGCCUGUUUCCGGGGACGUGUCGUAAAGGGAGUAGACUUCUUCUUUGGUGCCUGUGCGUUCGGACGAAGUCGUAGGGGGGUUAUUUGAAUGCACGCGUAGUGUUUUGUCACACCUGACUUUGUGAGCUGGGGUCCCCUCAGAGCAGCAUGUUGAAGGGGACAGUGUUGGCCGUCAGGGGUGAGAGAUAGGCUAGUCUCUUUCACAGAUUCCUUUCCCUUCACCAGUCUCUUAAACGGUCCCGACUCAUGACCCUAGCCAUCAGAACUUCUGGCAGGUUUUUGACUGUGUGACAGGAGUUGGAGGGUAGAUGGACAUCACUGAUGUCAUUGUUUUUAAUAUCUGCUCUGUUUUCAAGAAGAUUGGAAGCUUGUGAGGUUUUUACAGAAUCCAAAGUUUUAUCUGUGUCAUAAACUGUAUUUUACUGAAACCACUAUGCGUUGCUGAGUCACUGCAGGGCUUAAGCUUACCUACUGCAAUACUCAGGCAAUACUCAGACAGCAGUUACUGUACUAAGGAGUAGUUCUUCUUUUACAACACCAAGGUCUAAUUUCAGGGGGAACUAGCCAACAUCGAGUCAGAAGUCUUGUCACAAGACUCAACAUUUGAGGAAUUGCCACUAUGACAGUCUAGGAUCAUGUGCCAGAGCUGUAAAAACCCCUAGAUGAGCUAGUAUCCUUGAGAAAGUGAUCUUCGCUCGCAUAGCCAAAGGUGUGGUGGAGAGGUUUCCAUGAACAGGACAGAGAGCUGAUGUGAAGCUCGAGCCCUGGUGCCUUAUCGUGUUGCUACCGUUCCCUAUGCCAACUCGGAUGCAAUCGUACCAUUUGUUU